AAAAUACACAGACUCUUGCUCUUCCUUUUCUCUCUAGAAAAACACAGAUUUCUUCAAACCUUUUAUUAAAAGUUUCAAUCUUUAUCAACCUCAACCAACAUGCCUGGUACCAUUUCAAACAUGGUAUCUGAGCACUAGGUCUGAUUCCGAAGAAAGGGCGUGAUACUGUGAGAGAGAUCCAUUAAAAAAAAAAUUCAGAAAACCUUAAAGGUGGUACCUUUAUAACCAUUUGAGCUGUGUUACCUGAGAAGAUGGCUGGAUCAAGCUCCUCCGGUGGUGAUUUACGAACACCACAAUUUAAUGGCUCAAACUACGAUUUUUGGGCAUUGAAAAUGGAAACCAUUCUCAUAGCCUACGAUCUAUGGGAUGUGGUAGAACUCGGAGUACGACCGCAGCAGAUUCCCGAGGAGGAAGAAGGCUCUGGAGAUGAAGAAAGUGAGGCUGAGCAAACUCCAGUGGAAGCACCCACCAUCUCCAGAGAAGACAAAAUCAAAAACGCCAAGGCGCUGAGUCUCAUUCAAGGAGCCAUAGCAGAUGAGCUCUUCCCUCGCAUCAGAAAUGAAAAGACUGCUAAAGGAGCUUGGGAAAUCCUGAGAAGAGAGUUCAGAGGAGAUAAAAAGGCUUGACACAAACUCAAUCUUCUACAAGUUCAAUGCCUCCU